GAACUAGAACGAAAAAAGGCAGAACAAUUGUGUUUUGGAUUCCUUGCCGUGCGGAUCGCAAACGCGAGUUAAUGGGAAGAGCGUAGCUAACCACGUACAAAUGAGCAAAAAGUAAAAAAAAAACACACAAACGUUAGUGCUUUUACAUUUUUUUAACUGUGUUUUCCGAUAUACAAUAUACACAUAUUUGAAACGGAUUUUAAAGUGUUUUUAUACAACAACUCCAAACGUAUCUAUGUGCGAGUGUUGUGUGCGUGUGUGAGUGACAGAGCUGCCAGAUCGCGAGUUAUGAAAGCGCAAGCGUCGCACGCAAGUAGCAACCACAGCUACAAAUAAAAAAAAACACCUAAAAACUAAAAACACACAGCAGCAGGCACACAAAUAUAUAUUUUUGCUAGUAAAAAAAAAGAGAACUUAGAUAUUUUACCACCAAAAACGUUAUACAAAAGCUACCCUAAAACUAAUAACCAUGGAUAGCAGCAGCAGCGAUUCUGGAGCUUUGAACUUCAAGCGACCCAAGGAUUCUUCGGAGAAUUCAACAAAUAACAAUAAUAACAAUGCCUCCUCGGGCGGCAGUCCCAAAAUGGGCAGUCGUAGGAUAUUCACGCCCCAUUUCAAGCUGCAAGUUUUGGAAUCGUACCGCAACGAUAAUGAUUGCAAGGGCAAUCAAAGGGCCACGGCCAGAAAAUACAAUAUUCACCGCCGGCAAAUCCAAAAGUGGUUGCAAUGCGAGUCCAAUUUGCGUUCGUCGGUGGCCAACAAUCACCAACAGCAGCAGCAGCAGCAGCAGCAGCAACAACAGCAGCAGCAGCAGCAACAGCAACAGCAGCAACAUCUCCCGCAGCAAUCGGUGUCGCCCACACCUGCAGUCAAGGUGUUCCAUCAGCUGAGCCAUCCGUUGGUGCAUCAAUUGCAUCACCAUCAUGCCGCCGCAGUGCAUCAUCAUCAUGGACAUGGACACCAUGCUGCCGCUGCCGCCCAUCAUCAUCACCAUCACCAUCAUGCUGCGGCAGCAGCAGCAGCAGCGGCGGCAGCAGCAGCUGCAGCAGCGGCCCACCAUCAUGCUGCCCAUCACUUGUUGGCCGCCAAUGGCAUCGUGCCACACCCCCUGGCUGCCCAUCCACACCUCCAUGUCCCGGUGGCCAUUCAUCCUCAAAUGCAACAUCAAAAGGAGCAGCAGCAGCAGCAGUUGCAGCAGGAGCAACAACAGCAACAGCAGCAACAGGAGAAGCUGCAGCAGCAACAGGAAGCAACAGCAACUGUUCCCACAAAUGGCAGCAAUCAGGGCUCCUCAAGUGUCCUUUCGGCUGCCAAAAUAGCCGCUGUCGUUGCCGCCGCCAUGGCCACCAGCAAUGGCAACAAUACCCCUGCAACAGCAACACCAAUCCCCGCCAGCAGCAGCAACACAUUGCCGAGCAGCAACAGUAGUUGCAACAACAACAGCAGCAACAGCAACAGCAAUAGCAACAGCAUAAACAACUGCAGCAGCAGCAAAGCCAACAACCAAGUGCCAAUACAAGUGCCAAUCCUGAGCGGAUCCCCCGGCGGAUCCUCCAGUCACAUUCCACACAUGCCCUACACCUACCACCACCACCAUCAGCAUCAGCAUCAUCCACACCAACACCCACACCCACAUCAUAACCAUGGUUAUCUGGAGAGCCGUUUGGAGGCGGUAGUUACCCCGGCACCCAUGGACUUGUCCCUCGGAUCCUCUGCCCGCCGUCAAAUGCAACUGAACGACAAGGAUCCCUCGGGUGUGGAUCUCACCUUCCGCAAGCGCAAGGUCAUCACCAAUCCCAUGCAACCGGAUAAGAUCAGUAAGCUGGAGGAGGUUAUUAAGAAGGAACCGGAAACGGAGGCGGACAACGAGGAUGUGGAGGUGGAUGUGGAUGUCGAGACGGAGCAGCCCGAGGAGCACAAGCUGCCCUCCAAGCAGGUGAAGCUCUUCAAGCCCUAUCUGCUGGACGAUGAUGAGGACCACCAGCACCAGGAUUUGGAUGAGGGCGCUGCCGAGGAGGAGCAUGACGAGGAUGACGAAUACCGCGAUGCCGACGACGAUGAGAUGGACUCCAAGGAGGCGGCAGACAAGAAACAACAGCGUCGCCUGAAGAAGAAGCCAGCGGUGAUCAGUGAGCAAAGGGAGCCCAUCAUCUGGAGCAAUCAUCCGUAUCCUGGCGGCUGUCUAUCCCCGGGCAGUUCCACCACCACCACCAGCACCACCACCAGCACCAGCUUUCACUGCCAUCCAAAUCCGAGCAUGCAACAGCAACAACAGACAUUUCCCGUCGGGAGUCCUAGCCAGCAAUUUCAGGAUAGCAACAAAGCCACGCCCACCACCCCACUCAGCCCCUUCUCGGCGCCCGCCCUCUCGCCCACUGGCUUCUGCUGCCCCAAGGGAUCGCCCGUUUCCGGUUACGAGAGCAGCUCAUCCACCUACAGUGACAGCGGCAGCAGCUACAGCCUCAAUCUCCAGCUGCAUGCCGUCUACAACGACAAUCUGAUGUACAUGCAACAGCAGCAACAGCAACAGCAGCAGCAACAGCAGCAACAGCAGCAGCAACAGCAGCAACAUCACAUGCAACAUCAGCACCUGCAACGCUGGCUGGAUCAGGAGUCUUUGGCCAACACAACGAGGACACCGCUGAUCCUUGUGGCGGAUCCCACGCCCACAAACCUGACCCUGGUGGCCUAAGAAAUAUAGUAGACACUAAGCAAGCAGCAAUCCCACCAAUCGGAUGUUAUACUGGCAGUCACUGGGCCUGGCCUUUUAGUUCCCUAAGCCAUAUUUAAGAUUAAACAAAACGUUUUUUUUAGCCCUACCACCUAAGUUUUACCUUAAAAUAUGUUACAUCUAAGCGAGAACAUGUAUCUUCCAAGCAUAUCAGCAAAAAAAACCCCAACCCUAGGAUUAGAACAUAUAUAUAUAUAUUUUUUUUGAUUAACUACUAAGAACAAAUUAAGGUUAAGUUCAGUUUUUUCAUUUUUUUUUUUUUUUAUGUGUAUUAGCAUGUGUAUAUAAUUGUGUACAAAAACUAAAAACAAAGCGAAACAUUUGGAUUUGCUUAAGAAUUUCAACGCUAAAUUAAAUUUGUAAAACGCAAGGGGAGAGAGUAUAUAGUUAUUAAAGUGUAAGAAAGAAAAAUGUGAAAAACGCAACUGGAAAAACUGAGAAAAUUGUUAAGAGUAAAGCUUUAAAAAUGAAACAAACACACACCUUUACAAUACACACUUUUUUAUUUGGAAAUUGAAAAUUGAAAAUUCUUGUGAUAUGAACAAACAACAAAACAAAAGUUUAAUAAAAUUGUUGAAAACUGAAGCUUAAUGAAUAUAUACAUAGCUAUAUAUUAUAUAUAUAUAUAUAUAUAAAUAUAUAUUUACAAACACAAAUGAGAGCAAGAAAUUAAAUGUAUAUUUAAGGAGUUACAUUUUAAAGGUUAUUAUAACUAUAUACAAUAUACAUAUAUACAAUAUAUUUAUAUACAAACAAGA